AUGCCACAACCGCAGACACUGCCGUCGCGAGUCUCUGGUAAUAGUCCCAUGGAUGAGUUCAAGCCCAAGCCGUGGCAGGUCCAGGACCGCUGCGGUAUAUGCAGCAUUGAGUUUUCACUCUUGACCAAACGACACCAUUGUCGGUCCUGUGGACUCUCAGUAUGCGGUAGACACUCGAAGAAUCGGGUGAUUGUACCCACGUCACUGUCUAAAGCACAGCAACGAGUGUGUGAUAGUUGCUACCCGAAAUGCCGGAGCGGAAUGGCAAUGGAACUUGCGUCUCCUGCUCCUCCUGUACGUCAAGACUUGCCGGCCGACGAUGUACGACGACAUACGUUGGUGUUGCGAGAUGGACGUGACGAUGGCCGUCGUAUUCGUAGCCCUCCUGAUGAAGUGAGAAGAGCUGCGCAAGAGGCACGACGAGAUAGGAACGAUGGUAGUAACAGGACGUGGAAGAGCGAUGAAGAAUCACGUGAUAUGCAAUCAGCACGAGUUCGUCGUCUACGACCUCCUGGGCGGAUCCACGCAGAAAGAGGGAUCCACGAGACAAAGAGCGACGGAACAGGGACCCACGAGAAAGAGAUUUACGUGCAAGAGAUCCACGAGCAAGAGAUCCACGUGAGAGAGAUUUACGUGAGAGAGAUUUACGAGCAAGAGAUCCACGUGAGAGAGAUUUACGAGCAAGAGAUCCACGUGAGAGAGAUUUACGAGUAA